CGGCCGCCGCUCCUCCCUGCGGGCUUGACCGCGGGCGACCGGUAGCCCUGGACCUCGGGUCUUGUCGGCCGGCAGGUUCAUGUGGAGGCUCCCAGGCCGCGCCGCGCUCCGUGGGGUCCGGUCGGUGCUGGAGCAGCCCAGCCGGGCCGAGGCAGCGGCCGGCGAGGCGGCGCGCGCCAUGGAGCGCGCGGUGGUGCGCUGCGUGCCCUCGGAGCCCAAGCUCAGCCUGACGUUCGCGCUGGCCGACGGCAGCCACAAAAACAUGCAGCGCGACCAGAGCGAGCCCCUGGGCCGGGCCCUCAGACGGAUCGCUACCCACGCCCUCAAGGGCCACGCUAAGGCCGCGGCCGCCAAGAAGAGCAGGAAGAACCGAGCCCACUCGAGCGGGGGCGCGGCCUGCGCGGCGGCGGCGGGGCCCGACCCGGCCGCGGCCUGCGAGCCCGUGGUGAAGCUGUACUACCGGGAGGAGGCCGUGGCUGAGGACGUGCUCAACGCGGACGCCUGGCAGGACGGCGCCGUGCUGCACAUCGGCGACGUCAAGUACAAGGUGGAGCGCAACCCGCCGGCCUUCACGGACCUGCAGCUGCCGCGCUACAUCAUGGCCGGCUUCCCGGUGUGCCCUAAACUCAGCCUGGAGUUCGGGGAUCCCGCCAGCUCCGUGUUCCGCUGGUACAGGGAAGUCAAGCCGGGGGCGGAAGCACCUGCGGACGGCGGCCUCGCGUCGUCGUCGCACUCCUCGCCGUCUCCCACCUGGGCCGAGACGGGUGUGGACGAGCGUGUGUACACCCCGAGCAACGCUGACAUCGGGCUGCGGCUCAAGUUCUACUGCACGCCGGGCAACGGGCAGCGCUUCGGGCCGAGCCGCGAGCUGGAGAGCGUGUGCCCCGUGGAGGCCGGGCCCGGCACCUGCACUUUUGACCAUCGGCAUCUGUACACCAAGAAGGUGACAGACGACUCUUUCGUCCGUACCGUCUCCUACAACAUCCUGGCAGACACGUACGCCCAGACUGAGUUCUCCCGGACAGUCCUGUACCCGUACUGCGCCCCCUACGCCCUGGAGCUUGACUACCGCCAGAACCUUAUUCAGAAGGAGCUCACGGGCUACAACGCCGACCUCAUCUGUUUGCAGGAGGUGGACCGCGCAGUGUUCGCGGACAGCUUGGUCCCGGCUCUGGAGGCCUUCGGGCUGGAGGGCGUGUUUCGAAUCAAGCAGCACGAAGGCCUGGCCACUUUCUACCGGAAGUCGAAGUUCAGCCUCCUUAGCCAACACGACAUUUCUUUUCAAGAAGUCCUGGAGUCGGAUCCACUGCACAAAGAACUAUUAGAGAAACUGUCUUUGAAUCCACUAGCGCAGGAGAAGGUACUCCAGAGAUCGUCUGUCCUUCAGAUUUCAGUUCUUCAAUCUACAAAGGACUCUUCUAAAAAGUUAUGUGUUGCUAAUACUCAUCUCUACUGGCACCCAAAAGGUGGGCACGUUCGUCUCAUUCAAAUGGCAGUGGCCUUGGCCCACAUCAGGCGUGUUUCAUGUGACCUGUAUCCUGGCAUACCAGUUAUAUUCUGUGGAGACUUCAAUAGUACGCCAUCAACAGGAAUGUUUCAUUUUGUCGUCAAUGGCAACAUUACGGAGGACCAUGAAGACUGGGCUUCCGGUGGGGAAGAGGAGAAGUGCAGCAUGUCUCUCACACACCUCUUCAAACUGAAAAGUGCUUGUGGUGAACCUGCGUAUACAAAUUAUGUCGGUGGUUUCCACGGGUGUCUAGAUUACAUUUUCAUUGACUCAAAUGCCUUAGAGGUUGAACAGGUGAUCCCCUUGCCCAGUCAUGAAGAAGUUACCACCCACCAGGCCUUACCUAGUGUUUCUCAUCCUUCCGAUCACAUAGCACUUGUAUGUGAUUUAAAGUGGAAGUAGAUUUUGCUCCAUUGUAGGAAAAGGAGGCUAAUUACUUUUCAGAAAAUUUAUUAUGAAACAGAGCUUAUAGAAAACCUUCAGUGAAGAAACCUAGACACUAACUGUAUGGUCAUUCCUUCCCUACUAGUCAUGUUCCCGAUGGCUUUGUACAGGACGAGUGCAUAAUGUCUUCAUCCUGUACCUAUCCUCUGUUUGUAAUUUCCUGCAUUUGAGGGAAACAUUUAUGACUGGCAAAAGGGAAAUUGAAUUACUGUGUACAUUUUAUAAGUUUUUGUAAGCUGGUAAUUAAGAUUUUUAAGUACUGUUUAACUAAUCUCAUAAUUUUUCUUUUGUAACACAUUUUACAUUGAAUUAUGUUCGUGUAAUUGGGAGAGGAGGUCAUGCAGGUAAAAGGUGAGAGAGACCUUCGAGACACAUGGAACACAUUAGUCUAUCACUACCUCAAUUUGGUUAGAAUUUAUUGUAAUUUUGGAGCUUUUACAAAAGAUGAAAAUAUGCCAUUACCAGUUUUUAUAGAUUCUUUGUCUGUCAGUUGGCAAGGUAUUUCCCUCUAGCAUUUUAUCUCUCAGUGUGCACAGACGCAUGGAAUCUGUUCUCCUUUGCACCGCAGCCUGCUCUAAUAGGAGGCGAGCACAGUAGCGUGCUCGAGGGGAGCAGUAACGUGACUUGACCCCUUGUCUUCGUUCUCUCUCGUGAAGCACACUUGUAAGCACACACAGGGUGCUUGACCAUGGUAUGAAGGAACACAGCACAGUCAUUUUAUAAGAGACUUCUGUUAGGGGCUUCGGGACGAUGCAUACGAACCAUUGAGCAUUUCUGUGCUGGAGCUCUUUUCAAAAUUGCCAGUUGUUGUCAAUAGGAAGAACGGAAGCAGGGUGGUGCUUUAUAACCUUGUCCUAGUUCCUGGGAGUCUGAGGCAGGACUGCUCUGAGUUCAAGGCCAGCUUAGGAUACAUCAAUAGGAAAAAAGGGGGACAGUGGGCUUUUGCCAAUAUCUGAAAUAAACUUUUUAUAGAUGUAAGCAUUAUAGUUUAAGUAACAAAACAGUGCCACAUAAUUUAUAUAUAAAAGAAAAUUUUAAAAUGAAACAAACAUUUUAAGAUGAGAAUUACAAGUUGUAUUGAUCAGUAUCUAGUUUAACUUUUCCUAAAUUUGUUGUCACCAUACCCUCAUGUAAUGCUUUAGCUAUUGCUUUUUAAUGGUCAGGACUAACUGUAGCAUAGCUUUCUGCAGUCAGUUUCUAGCUUGGAUAGUAAAGACCUCUCACCUCAAGAAGAGGUCUAACUUUCUAGUCUUAAAAGCCCUUAUUUACAAAUUUUGAAUCUCUAAACCCAGUGCCAUAUGAACUUUUCCUUUUGAAAAUCUGUUUUCUCCCAUAUUCUUGUAGUGUAAUAUGUGUUUUCAUAUUCUAUCAGACACCCUGAAGCUAAUAAGUGUGAGAAUAUAAGCAUUUCAUCUGUACUUCACGUUGGACUUUUAUUCAAAUUAUUUUCAGGAAGUUAAUCAUUAAGGUGGAAGUUUCUUGGGUGUUUUGUUUUUGUUUUGUUUUGUUUUUUUAAAGCUGAUGAAAAAUUGAUGUUACCAAAUUGUGCCUUCCUAAAUAUGGUACUGGGUUAUUUUGUUUGUUUUUUCUCCAGCAGAUGAAAUUCAGGGCCACUGAAUUAUACUCCUAGCCAUAUACAUGCCAUUUUUUGAGAGCAUUUUAGUGGCAGUUUUUAUAGUCAGAACUAGUUCUGGGGGUUGAACCCAAAAUCCCGAGUAUGUGCAGUACUGCCAAGCUACAUCAACGCUACAACCAUUUUCUUUUCAAAACUUGGUUUUGUUGUGCUUACAGAUAAGCAUGUUGGCAAACUUACAUGAACUCUUAAGGAAUUAACAGUAUUUUACUCAGCAAAAAGUCAACAUUUUAAAAGAUUAAUGAGAUUAUUCAUACCCACAAAAAAUAUAUUGAGAUCCUAUAUUAACUCCAUGGUGGGGUGAACUGAGAUUUACCAAACGUCCCCCAUCCUAAAUCCAUAAAUCUGUCAUUUAUGGAUUAAAUGCCAUCAUCAGAUUAUAUAGAGAUAUUUCAGGACAGUCAGACAAUGAAGUGUAAAGUUCUGACUUCAGCAUGCAGAUGUUAAGAUGACAGGAGUGCAAAGAUAAGGAGCACUGUAAAAACUAAAUACAUAUCAAAGGUUAUUUGUACUUACAGUGUCGAUCAAAAGUGUUUCAAGCUGUCUUUAUGAUUGAAUUUUUCUAUUUUGAAAUUUUGAGUACAUUAGGAGAAGUCUACUUUGUGGUAAACCACAUUUAUGUCACAAAUUCUUGCUGAAGGAAAAGUGAAUAUUUUAGAGCAUGCUGUUCUGUUAAAAUCAACUCGUACAACAGUUGUCCUGGUAGCACUAACAAUUUGUAAUUCAUUAGCAAGAGGAUUAUUUUGGCUACAGUAUCUGUUUUUUAAAAUUCUAAAUACUAAAUCAGUGUUGAAAUUUCCAAAACUUCAGUGGGUGAUAACCUUGAGUACUUAUUUUUUGUCAUCAAAAUGUGCUGAUUUCAUACUGGAGACAGAGCUCUGAGGAACAUAAGUGGGAAAAAGGCUAAAGGACACUUGUGGGAAGAGCACCCUGGCAACAAAUUGACGUUUUUAGAUUAUAUUCUGUAACUGUGAGAUAGAGGUAAAGGUUCUCUAUACACCAACAUAAGGUAAAUCUAAGAUCUCUGUAAUGUAACAGAAAAUAAAAGUCUGUAGCACUCACCAUAAAACUCAGUAGGGAAAUCUUCUCUGAAAUAUGGCCAACACUAACUUUCUGAACACCAUUCAAAAAUUUGUUUGAAAAUCUUUUGUUCAGCAUACUUGAAAGAAAUACAAUAUUAAUUUCAUUUGUAGAGAGGAAACAAUUUUAAGAGCUUUCGCUGAUAAAAUAAAUUCUGUGGUCCUAUUUUCUAAGAAAUAUAUGCCAUUUCUAAUAGAGUGGUUAUGUAUUAAUCUGGGUGAGUUUUUAGCACUUCAUAACAGUACUACAUUCUGAUUAUAACACCAAAGCACUGAGGUAAAACUUAUGUAAGAUUAAUCAUUUAAAUGUAUGCAACCUAGUUGUAUUUAAUACAUUCACUAUUGUGCAACUAAUUCUAAGUCAUUUUCAUCAAUUCAAAAGGGAAGCCUAAAUCUAUUAAUUAGUCCUCAUUCCCACCUCUGCCAUUAUAGAUAUGUCAUCUGCCAUUUUUGAUAUAUCUGGCUUUCUUCACUUGGUAUGUUUUUGGGAAUUCAUCUGCGUUACAGUAUAUACCGAUACUUUUUUUUUUUUUUACAGGUAACUAUUUUCUGUUGCAUGGAUAAUACAUCUUGCUUAUCUGAACAUUUAGAUUGUUUCUUUUUGGAAUUGUGACUAAUCCUAUGGAUAUUUGCUCAACCUUUUGUUUGAAUAUCAUUUUUUGGUAGUACUGGGGAAUCAAACCCUGGACUAGUGUAUAUUAGGCAAAUAUUCUACCACUGAGCUAUACACCCAGCACGGACCAUCUGUUUUCAGUUUUUCAGAGUGUAUCCUUCAGAGUAAGUUGCUGGGUCAUGAUUCUCUUUAGCUUUCUACAGCACUGCCAUACUUUCCCACCAUGGCUAUGUCAUCUUAACACGCCUUCUCUGUUAUAUACAGGGCUACUUUUCCAUCCAUCCUCACCAACUUCUUUCCAUUUUUAAAAAACCGUCCUAGUUAAUAUGAAGUGGUCUCUAAUUUACACAUUUUAAACUUUAAAGUUGCAGUCACAAAUAUGCUUGAACAGUUUACCAACCUCUCUCCAAAGUCCACCUCAACAACUGCUGCUUGUUUUUACAGUUUGUGCCAAGUGGAAGAGGUUUACUGCUUCCUUUAAAGGAGACUGAGUAUCAGAAGUUCAAAAACAUCACAGCCUCAAGGUUGUAAACAAAAAAUUAUGGUAAAAGCCUAAGAGGUGCACAAGAAAAGGCCAGGUCUUUACACUUCAUUAAUUACAGAGAACUGCACUUUUAAAUGGGUCUACUUUGAGUCCCAUUUUAGGUACAGAUUAGCAGAUGGCAAGAAUGUUUAAAUACUAAUUACUGAGAAAAUGAGAUGGACGAAAUUGAGUAUAAAAUUAUGAUGUAUAAUCAUUAAAUUUCAGACUAUUGUAUUUUUUUUAAAUCUCUCAAUUCAAGGUCACUUUAAACUGUAAGCCAGUAAACGAAGCUGGCUUUUACCCUGUUGAAUAAGGGGUGGGGAACUGACCACCUUUAGUAGAGUCAUCCACAUGCUACAGCUUAACUUCUAUAGAAACGAAUUUCAAACUUGAAGCUCAUCAGUUGAGCUCUCUAUAGAGCCAUUAAUAAAUGACAUUUAAAGCAUAAGCCAGAGCCUGGAGAGACCACUAUUUCAAAGGACCUGGGGUUCAUUUCCUAUCACCCACAUGGUGGCUCACCUAAAACUUCAGAGUUGUGUACUUUUUUUUUUUUGUAAGAUUUUUUUAUUAUUUACAUAGUAUUCUGUCUGCAUGCAUGCCUGCAAGCCAGAAGAGGGCGCCAGAUCUCAUAAGAUGGCUGGGAAGUGAAGUGGGAGUGAGUGCUCUUAACCUCUGAGCCAUCUCUUCCACUGGGAGUUGUGCUCUUCGAAAGAAUGGAAUUACGUUACCCUUCGUCAGACUACCAAGUCUGACACCUAAAGGAAACCCUGCACUUACGGGUACUCACUCCGUUUGCCCUGGCAGCCCUUUACCUACGUCAUAACUGCAAAAACUGUACCGUUUGUGACUUGCUUCUUUCACUUAGGCUGUUGAGGUAUUUCCAUGUAGCAUCAGUACUGGGUCUAUGAAUUUUCCCUUGUUAGGUUGGUUAUACCCUUUAUCUACUUGUAAACUGAUGGACAUUCGUGCUGCUUCCACAAAGAAUGUUGCUAUAAACAUUUGUGUCUAA